AUGAAAUGGCAAGGUUGUUCGCAAAUUUUUCAAACAUUCGUAGUUAGUAUCAUCCUUUGUUGUCUUAUCCAAGUUGAUGGCAAAAAAAUACGUCGCCGACGUCAAUAUAUUUACAACAACUAUGGUAAUUAUGCACUGAAUCCUGCAGCAGCAUCCUACUAUGACCCGAAUGGUGCUGAUAUCUAUUCGAAUAAUGCUCACCGAUACAAUCGUUUCGUUGUUGGUGGAGUAGCUUAUCAAUAUCCAACGCCUGUUAAUGUUAUGAGUGGUGGUUCCUACAAUCCACAACAAUAUAAUGCUUAUCCAAGUGGAGCUAGUGGUGAUUAUUAUGCUAAUAUGAACAAUAUGAGAUUACCGUCACCAGAUGGAUGGUAUUCCGCAUAUUAUUUUCAAGGAUAUCCUUUUCUACCACGCUAUAAUAGUGCUCAGCGUCAUUCAAAUAUGGCAAUCAUUAUUAAACUAUUUUUUAUGAUUUUUACCUGCCUGAUUUGUGCAAAUGUUCUGUAA